AUGAGGACCGAGAAACAGUCUAAGCGACGCAAUGGAAUCCAAACAGUAUGCCGCGACUUCAAUCAUGUCGAGGGUAAUCUCGACCACAUCGACGAGCGAAAGCUCCUGCGCAAGAUGGACCUCCGUCUCAUGCCGAUGCUAACCCUCCUAUACCUAUUCUCAUUCCUCGAUCGGGGUAAUAUCGGAAAUGCCAGGAUUGAAGGCAUGGAGGAAGAUCUGCAUCUCGGAGGCACACAGUACAACUGGGCACUGACCGUCUUUUUCUUCACAUACACCGUGUUUGAGCUACCAUCGAACCUUAUUUUGCAGAAAGUCAGGCCCUCAAUAUGGAUACCGUCACUGAUGGUGGCGUGGGGGACGGUGAUGACUCUAAUGGGUAUCGUGACCAACUAUCACGGUCUGCUGAUAGCGAGGAUAUUCCUCGGUGCCACAGAAGCGGGUAUUUACCCGGGAGUGGCCUAUUAUAUCACGAUGUGGUACUCUCGUCAUGAAGCUCAGUUCCGCCAAGCCUUAUGCUUCAGCGCGGCGAGUAUUGCAGGUGCCUUUUCGGGGUUACUUGCAUUUGCGAUCGGUAAAAUGAACGGUGUUGGCGGGUACUCCGGCUGGCGCUGGAUAUUCAUUAUCGAAGGGCUCGCAACAGUUGUCGUGGCUGUCAUGUCAUACUUCUUUCUCUACGACUACCCUGAUACGGCAUCAUUUUUGACCCGAGACGAACGAGCUUGGAUUCUGCGCCGCUUAAGUCUACAAUUCUCCAACAAUGGCAAUGUGGUUCCCGAGGCUGGUGACUUCAAGUGGAAGUACGUGUGGGAUGCGGCCAAGGAUUGGCAGGUCUAUAUGGCCAUUCUUAUAUACUUCUCCGCCGUCUGUCCGCUAUACGGGAUAUCAUUCUUCCUACCGACCAUAAUCCGCGAUCUAGGAUAUACGUCGUCUACUGCGCAGCUUCUUACAGUACCCCCGUACAUCAUAGCUUCCAUGGCUGCCAUUCUGGCAGCAUAUUUUGCAGACCGCAAUGGCGAGCGCUCACCGCUUCUCCUCUUUCACAUCGGUUGCAUCGUCGCCGGAUUUUUCGUCUGUCUGGCAGGAUCGCAAAGAUGGGUUCCGGGACUUGUAUACUUUGGUGUGUUCCUUGCGAUCCUAGGAAUAUACCCCGCUAUUCCCGCCCUCAUAACAUGGCUAAGCAGCAAUCUCGCUGCGGAACAUAAACGAGCAGCAGGAAUGGCGAUACACAUUGGUAUUGGGAACUUUGCAGGAGCCAUGGCUUCCCAUUUUUAUCGCACGCGCGACUCCCCACAAUAUAUCAUGGGCCAUGCGCUGGAACUUGCCUUUGGAAUUAUGGGCGUGGUGGCUAUCGUGAUUACGAGGUUUGCAUAUGUGCGCAUCAACCGACAGCGUGUGGAUAAACUGGUGGAGCUUCGGCCGGAAUAUUCGGCACAGGAGCUUGGCGAGAUGGGGGAUAAGUCACCUACAUUUAGAUAUAUGCUUUAG